CUGAGCAUGCAUAUAUAUGUAUUUUCCACACACUAAAUGCUUUUUUGAUGCAUUAUUACAGUCUUGGAUGUGUCAGUGAUUAAUUAACUGUUUCACGUUACUUUUUUGUGUGCAAUGUCACAUUGAAAAAAAUCCAUUCCUGAUAUUGAUAGCAAUGCAACCACACAAUUAUAAUUACAUAAUCUCAUAUUAACAUAUAUAACAUAUAUUAACAUUUAACAAUUUCAGUUGGCCUUUUUUCAGCUUAAGCAGAAAACAGGAAAAACAUGAGUAUUUGCUAUAUAUAGGCCAAACCUCAGAAAAUGGUGCUGUCAGGUGGAAAGUAUUCAACAUUUAAAAAAAUAUAAAAAUAAUACAAAUUUCGAUGCAUUGCCAACAGAAUCAAAGAAUGCAUGAUUUUAUAGCUAAAUGGCACUGGGAUUAAAUAUUGCAGUUUUAAUGGAGAUAUUUGUGUCCUUAAGGUCCUGAGUGUAACUUUUUAUUGUACCUAGUAUAAAAUAGAUUUAUAACAAUUAAAUAUUAAAAUUUCAAUACAAAUACACAUUUUUGGCAAAUUUGAUGCUGUUUGCAUUAACAACAACAACAACAAAAAAAGUCUCUAAGGAUACACAAGGGUUAAAGGAAGCAGUUUCUUUUGGAUUAUUUGACGUUUAGAUAACCUCAGAAGAUCAUUUUAUUGCUCAGGAGUGGUACUUCCUUAGCUCAGGGGUAAAAUUACACAAAUGAGACCAUAGUUGAUAUACAAUAAAACCAUAAAGCCAUAAAAUAAAAUUCUUGGUAGAAUUAGAUGAGAAAAUGUUUGACUUCACAGACUGUGGUAUCUUCUGAGCACAUUAUUGAGAAACUAGAGAAGACACUUAUGAGAUUAGAGGGGAGUUCUGCACAGAAGCAAAAAUCUGAGAAGCAGGAGGCUUAACUUAGUCUCCAUUUGCUCUCCCUUUAAUCUCAUUGCUGUCCAGGAGAAACAACAGAGAUACUAAGUGAUCUCAUUUGUGAUUUUUCUAACCAAAACAUGAACUAGUAAAUACGAAACGCACUGGCAGGUUGAGUCAAACCUACCCAAGUGACCUGUAAUACCCUCAACGUUUCUAAACAUGAGCGCAUGUUUCUCAGUACCGAAGGAACUGGUUUAACUUGUUGGUUACUAGGGGGCAUGUAGAGUAGGUUUUCCUGGUGUAAUGUCACAGCGGCUGGGAGCUGAGAAGGAGUUUCAUUUCAUCCACGUCUCAGAGCUGUGCAGCAUGUGGAUGAGCUUGUCUUUUCCCUGAAGUCUGGGUGCGUUUAUGUGUAAUUUAUUGUUUCCUGUGAAAAGGGCGAGGUGAGCUGUACAACUCUGAACUACUCUGUGAAUCAAAGGGAUCUUGAGAUCUUCAGUGCGUUUUGUGGUUAGGGUACACGAAGAAAAGCAACAGGGAUUGUGAUAUGACAAAAACAUGUCAGCCCGCUUUUAGGGAUUCGCUCCGGGGUGGCUGUGAAUUCUCGACGUGGGAAGGUUUCUCAAGCAGCUCCUGCUGGUGAACACAGAGAUGGCCAUGGUGAGCGGGGGAUGGGCCAACCCCAACGGCGGCGCUAAUGGACUCGGCGAGAAAGGUUACCUGCGGGGGGAGGAGGAGAGCAGCUCGCCCCGGGCGGGAAACAGCGAUGUAGAAGGUGGCGAGGAGGACAAGGCCUGCGUGGUGGACUGUGUGGUGUGUGGGGACAAAUCCAGCGGCAAGCACUAUGGCGUUUUCACCUGCGAAGGGUGCAAGAGUUUCUUUAAGAGGAGCAUCAGACGGAACCUCAACUACACCUGCAGGUCAAACAGAGAGUGUCAGAUUGAUCAGCACCACCGUAACCAGUGUCAGUACUGCCGUCUGAAGAAGUGUUUCCGGGUCGGUAUGAGGAAAGAAGCGGUCCAGCGUGGUCGAAUCCCUCCCUCCCAUGCCGGCAUCAGUCCAGCCUCCAUGGUUGGAGCAGGUGGUGAUGUUGGAGGAGGUCAUGGCAUGGGUGCUGAAUUCUUCAACGGUCAGCCAGUGUCUGAACUCAUCUCUCAGCUGCUGAGAGCAGAGCCGUACCCCAACAGUCGCUACGGAGCCCAGUGCGGCCAGCAGCUCUCAGGAGGCAACAGCUCUGUCAUGGGCAUCGACAAUAUAUGCGAGCUAGCGGCUCGGCUGCUCUUCAGUACCAUCGAGUGGGUGCGGAAUAUCCCCUACUUUCCUGACCUGCCCGUGUCGGAGCAGGUGGCCCUUCUGAGGCUCAGCUGGAGUGAACUGUUCAUCCUAAAUGCAGCUCAAUCUGCUCUGCCACUGCAUACGGCCCCCCUGCUGGCAGCUGCUGGUUUUCAUUCCUCCCCCAUGCCUGCUGACCGCGUUGUGUCCUUCAUGGACCAGGUGCGGGUCUUCCAGGACCAGGUGGACAAGCUGACACGACUGCAGGUGGAUUCAGCCGAAUACAGCUGUCUGAAAGCCAUCGCUCUGUUCUCACCAGACGCGUGUGGGCUGUCAGAUCCGGCGCACAUCGAGAGCCUGCAGGAGAAAGCACAGGUGGCCCUGACCGAGUACGAGCGCAUGCAGUAUCCAGGUCAGCCGCAGCGCUUCGGACGACUCCUGCUGCGACUGCCUGCCCUGAGAGCCGUUCCCGCCAACCUCAUCUCUCAACUCUUCUUCAUGCGGCUGGUUGGCAAGACACCCAUUGAGACGCUUAUCCGGGACAUGCAGCUCUCUGGAAGCUCUAUCAGCUGGCCAUACGUGCCUGGACAGUAGAUGAACAAUCAGAGACUUGUUCCCGUGUCCCAUCUCAGGCUGCUCCCAUGAUUCCACAGUAACCGUGUGGAUAGAUGUUGUGUUUUGGGUUUUGUUGAUUGUGUAUAUACUGUAUGUCUAAAAGAGGUUGACACGUAUGUUCCUAUGCAGUUUAAAUGAGCCAUCCAGCACCAGGAUACCUCAUGUUUCACAUCAUGAGCAUCAACAAAUUCUGUCAAGAACAUUUGACGCGAAACUGAUUUUGAAGAAGUCAGCUGAUAUGUGACGCAGAUGCAAAGCUUUAAAGAAGAGUGUAUAAUAACUUCUUUUUCAGAGCAUAGUGAACUAUUUUAAAGCUAGUGUAGAUGCACAUUAAGAAUCUUUAUAACAGACUGCAUUUGUGAGAUAAAUGUUGGGUUAUAUACUUGAAAAAUCAGUGGUGAACAAUGAAUGGCUAUGUUUAGAAUGGAAUACUUGCAUACUGCACAUUACUGCUUUAUAUUGAAUAGUAUGUGAAACAGAAUGAAAUAUGCAAUAUUACAUACCCCAAACAGUACUAUGCUACAUUUUGAUCUCAUUAUAUUGCAUGUUUAUCGUGUAAAUAUGGCACACUGCAUUAUGGGAUACAAUAUUCUGUGCAGUGUGCUUUGGUUGUGUUCGGAAUACUUCCAGGUAUUACACACUAUGCACGGUAUACAUACUAUAUACCAAAAACAUUGAGUAGUAUGGCAGUGUGCUAUUCUGAACAUAGACCAUGUCUUUGAUUGUCCUAUUUAAACAGUUCUGGUGAAUUUUUCAAUGGGGUGGAGAAAUGGUAUAAACAUUUACAUUGCCGACUGUGGGAAAUAUCAAGUAUUUUUGCAUACUAAAAUAAAAAAGAAUGAUAAACAAACAAGCUCUUAUGUAAGAAGACUGUUCAUGAAAAAAACCACACACUUGCAUUUUCAGCAGUGUUUGUCAAAUAAAAAAACUGCAAACAAGAAAAAAGGAUAUUUGUUCCAACCUUUUUCGUCGGAAGUCUAUGAUUAUUGUAUUUAGAAGAUUAAUAAAACUGGCAUCUAUGUAAUAAAAAAGGCAUCUAUGCAUUUGUUACUAAUUAAUAGUGAUUACAAAUCCUUUGUUUAAUAAUAUAAUAUUAUCUGCAUUUUUUAAAUAUUAGAAUAUAUUCCUACAUCUAUAAUAUAAAUCUACGUUGAAUGAGCUUUGUGGAGAAAAUUUUGUAUUACAGUCAAUGAUGAGGCUGUCCAAGAAAAAAAAAGCUAGUUCCUUUAUAAGAAAUGGUCAUACUACUGUAAAAGAUGAUGCACUGUUAACUUAGUAAAAUUACGUUCAUCUUA